AUGAAGACCCAGCAGCAUCUGCAUGUGGCCACUCCAGUGAGGCAGAGCCUUGCUCUGACUAAAGUUGCCGGGACGUCUGUUUACCUCAAGCUGGAUUCCUCUCAGCCCACAGGAUCCUUCAAGAUCAGGGGCAUCGGACAUCUAUGCAAAACUUGGGCUGAACGAGGAUGUGAGCGGUUUGUCUGCUGCUCAGGAGGGAACGCUGGUAUGGCAGCAGCUUAUUCUGCCCGUCAGCUGGGAGUACCUGCAACCAUUGUUGUUCCAAGUGUUACACCAAACGCGACAGUGGAGAGGCUGAAGGACGAGGGCGCCACUGUGGUUAUCCAUGGCAAGGCUCUAAAUGAAAGCAUUGAAUACGGACAGCAGCUUGUAGCAAACAACCCCAGCUGGAUAUUCAUCUCUCCCUUUGAUGAUCCCCUCAUCUGGGAAGGUCACACGUCUCUGGUGAAGGAGCUGGAGCAAGACCUAAAGGAGAAGCCAGGAGCCAUUGUGUUGUCGGUGGGAGGCGGAGGCCUGCUGAACGGAGUGGUGGAGGGACUGCGUCGAGCCGACUGGGCUGACGUGCCCAUUGUAGCCAUGGAAACCAUGGGAGCACAUAGCCUCAAUGCAGCAAUGAAGGCCGGGGAGCUGGUCACUUUACCUGGAAUUACCAGCGUUGCUACCACACUGGGCCUGACGAGGGUGUCUGCACAGACUUUUAAACUGGUGCAUGAGCACACAGUUUUCUCAGAAGUAGUCACAGACCAGGAGGCUGUAAAAGCUGUUGAACACUUUGUAGAUGAUGAGAAGGUCCUGGUGGAGCCUGCCUGCGGUGCUGCCCUGGCAGCUGUGUACAGCGGCAUCAUCAAGAGGCUGCAGGAUGAGGGCAAGCUGGCACAGCGCCUGGGCCCGGUGGUCAUCGUGGUGUGCGGCGGCAACAACAUCAGCAUGGAGCAGCUAUGGAGGCUGAAAAAGCAGCUUGGUGUUUUCUAG